AUAUAAUAUUUAAGUUUAAAUUAUUUAAUUUCAAGCAAUACUUAAUCACUAUUAAAAAUACAAGAAAAAAUUAUGCAAUACUCCUCGUAUUAUCAGUCACCAAGUUUAAAGGAAAGGUCUAAUAUUUAAAGAUAAUUUUUAGCAAAUUAUAGUAAUUUAGGGUAUUCUAGCCCCUAACUUACAAUAACACCAACUAGUAAUUACUAAUUUUAAAGACACUAUGAAGGUUAUCCAUAUUAUUACAGCAAAUACUAUGAAGGUUAUCCCUAUUCAGCUCCUCCUUAAUAACCAGAGUUGUUUUAAUCAAAGCAUUCUCAUAUAGCUAUUAAUCAAGAAGACAGUUUUAUGAAAUCAAACAGCACUAUAUUAGAUAAUAAACCUCCUCGCACAUACACAAGUACAUAUAAUGUCAUAUAUAAAUGUGGAGAAUAGUUAGAAAAUAAAUAUAAAAAAGAAGAUUUGACAAAAAGUCUUACAAAUUAUGAGUAAAAUAAAAUAAGUUAAUAAUAUAAAUAGCCAACAUAUCUUGAUUCAAGUGUUUAUAAUAAUUAUUAUGCAGAUCAUUCAGAUUAUGAGUAAAGAGAAUAGCUUUUAAAAACUGUUUAUAGAGAGUAAAAUAAUGAAUUGAAAGACCAAAUAAUAUUUAUAUUUAAAGAAAUGAUCCUAUUUGAAAGAGAAGUAGAAAAUAUUAAAUAAAGCUUAUGCAAACAAAAAGAUGUUUCAUUUGAUCAAAUAUUUAAAAUAUUUGAUUUAGAGCUUAACAAUCAAGUAACUCCCUUCGAAUUAGAUCGCGGACUAAAAAAUUUAAAAAUAUUUGCUGAUAAAAUUGAUAUUUAUUUAUUAGCAAUAAGGUAUUCUAAGAACGGAAGAGAUACUAUGAAUAUUGAAGAUUUCUUUUAAAUGCUGGAGCCUUCAAAACAAGAUACUGAAUAUUCACAUGUCUAUUAAGAUAAGAAUAUUAUAUUUAAUGAUUUAUGUGAUCUCUCUUAGUCUUACAUUAUUAAACUUUUUAAGAUGUUGCUAAAUUAAGAAAGCGCUAUAUAGUAUUAUUGCAAAGACAUUUAAAAUAAAGGACUCAAAUUGGAAGAUAUUUAUAAAAUGUUCGAUCCAUAAAAUAGUUAAAAUGUAUAAAAAUAAGACUUCUUUUAAUGGAUAAAAGAAAACGGGGUUUAUGUAAAUGAAAAUGAAUUUAAAAAGUUCUUUUAGAGGUUUGACAGAAACAACAUUGGAGCUAUGCAUUAAAUAGAUUUUAUUAAUGAACUAACUCCUAAGUCUUAUAGAAAGGGAAUAUGA